AUGCGCCUGUCCACCUCUGCCAAGUCCACCUCUGCCAAGUCCACCUCUGCCAAGUCCACCUCUGUCAAUCCACCUCUGCCAGGUCAACCUCUGUCAUCUGCCAAGUCCACCUCUGCCAAGUCCACCUCUGCCAAGUCCACCUCUGCCAAGUCCACCUCUGCCAAUUCCACCUCUUUCAAGUCCACCUCUGUCAUCUGCCAAUCCACCUCUGCCAAGUCUACCUCUGCCAAUUCCACCUCUGUCAAUUCCACCUCUGCCAAGUCCACCUCUGCCAAGUCCACCUCUGUCAAUUCCACCUCUGCCAAGUCCACCUCUUCCACCUCUGCCAAGUCCACCUCUGCCAAUUCCACCUCUGUCAAUUCCACCUCUGCCAAGUCCACCUCUGCCAAGUCCACCUCUGCCAAGUCCACCUCUUCCACCUCUGCCAAGUCCACCUCUGCCAAGUCCACCUCUGCCAAGUCCACCUCUGCCAAUUCCACCUCUUUCAAGUCCACCUCUGUCAUCUGCCAAUCCACCUCUGUCAAUUCCACCUCUGCCAAUUCCACCUCUGUCAAUUCCACCUCUGCCAAGUCCACCUCUGCCAAGUCCACCUCUGUCAAGUCCACCUCUGUCAAGUCCACCUCUUCCACCUCUGCCAAGUCUACCUCUGCCAAUUCCACCUCUGUCAAUUCCACCUCUGCCAAGUCCACCUCUGCCAAGUCCACCUCUGUCAAUUCCACCUCUGCCAAGUCCACCUCUUCCACCUCGGUCAUUGUCAAGUCCACCUAUGCCAAGUCCACCUCUGCCAAGUCCACCUCUGUCAAGUCCACCUCUGUCAAGUCCACCUCUGUCAAGUCCACCUCUGUCAAGUCCACCUCUGCCAAGUCCACCUCUGCCAAUUCCACCUCUUUCAAGUCCACCUCUGUCAUCUGCCAAUCCACCUCUGCCAAGUCCACCUCUGCCAAUUCCACCUCUGUCAAUUCCACCUCUGCCAAGUCCACCUCUGCCAAGUCCACCUCUGCCAAGUCCACCUCUUCCACCUCUGCCAAGUCCACCUCUGCCAAGUCCACCUCUGCCAAGUCCACCUCUGCCAAUUCCACCUCUUUCAAGUCCACCUCUGUCAUCUGCCAAUCCACCUCUGUCAAUUCCACCUCUGCCAAUUCCACCUCUGUCAAUUCCACCUCUGCCAAGUCCACCUCUGCCAAGUCCACCUCUGUCAAGUCCACCUCUGUCAAGUCCACCUCUUCCACCUCUGUCAAGUCCACCUCUGUCAAGUCCACCUCUGCCAAGUCCACCUUUGCCAAGUCCACCUCUGCCAAUUCCACCUCUUUCAAGUCCACCUCUGUCAUCUGCCAAUCCACCUCUGCCAAGUCCACCUCUGCCAAUUCCACCUCUGCCAAUUCCACCUCUGUCAAUUCCACCUCUGCCAAGUCCACCUCUGCCAAGUCCACCUCUGCCAAGUCCACCUCUUCCACCUCUGUCAAGUCCACCUCUGUCAAGUCCACCUCUGUCAAGCCCACCUCUGCCAAGCCCACCUCUGCCAAGUCCACCUCUGUCAAGUCCACCUCUGUCAUCUGCCAAUCCACCUCUGUCAAGUCCACCUCUACCAAGUCCACCUCUGCCAAGUCCACCUCUACCAAGUACACCUCUGCCAAGUCCACCUCUGCCAAGUCCACCUCUGCGAAGUCCAACUCUACCAAGUCCACCUCUACCAAGUACACCUCUGCCAAGUCCACCUCUACCAAGUCCACCUCUACCAAGUCCACCUCUGUCAAGUCCACCUCGUCCACCUCUGCCAAGUCCACCUCUGCCAAGUCCACCUCUGCCAAGUCCACCUCUGCCAAUUCCACCUCUUUCAAGUCCACCUCUGUCAUCUGCCAAUCCACCUCUGUCAAUUCCACCUCUGCCAAUUCCACCUCUGUCAAUUCCACCUCUGCCAAGUCCACCUCUGCCAAGUCCACCUCUGUCAAGUCCACCUCUGUCAAGUCCACCUCUUCCACCUCUGUCAAGUCCACCUCUGUCAAGUCCACCUCUGUCAAGUCCACCUCUGCCAAGUCCACCUUUGCCAAGUCCACCUCUGCCAAUUCCACCUCUUUCAAGUCCACCUCUGUCAUCUGCCAAUCCACCUCUGCCAAGUCCACCUCUGCCAAUUCCACCUCUGCCAAUUCCACCUCUGUCAAUUCCACCUCUGCCAAGUCCACCUCUGCCAAGUCCACCUCUGCCAAGUCCACCUCUUCCACCUCUGUCAAGUCCACCUCUGUCAAGUCCACCUCUGUCAAGCCCACCUCUGCCAAGCCCACCUCUGCCAAGUCCACCUCUGUCAAGUCCACCUCUGUCAUCUGCCAAUCCACCUCUGUCAAGUCCACCUCUACCAAGUCCACCUCUGCCAAGUCCACCUCUACCAAGUACACCUCUGCCAAGUCCACCUCUGCCAAGUCCACCUCUGCGAAGUCCAACUCUACCAAGUCCACCUCUACCAAGUACACCUCUGACAAGUCCACCUCUACCAAGUCCACCUCUGCCAAGUCCAACUCUACCAAGUCCACCUCUGCCAAGUCCACCUCUGCCAAGUCCACCUUCCAUCCACCUCUGUCAUCUGCCAAGUCCACCUCUGCCAAGUCCACCUCUGCCAAGUCCACCUCUACCAAGUCCACCUCUACCAAGUCCACCUCUGCCAAGUCCACCUCUGCCAAGUCCACCUCUGCCAAGUCCACCUCUGCCAAGUCCACCUUCCAGUUGCCUAUUUUGUUAAAAUAUUUCCUGUAUUUAUGUUCAACUGUCUCACAACAGGUCAAAGCUAACUUCAGGAGAAUGAUGAGUGCUGGGGAGAACUGA